CAUUUUGGUUACUUUGACAAAAUUGGAUACCAACAAACCUCGCCGUAACCCUUACUGAACCCGUACUCUACUGGGUUCUCCAGAAAAAUUAUCAUAGCCAUGGAACUGGCUUCGGUGUCAAUGCGCGGCUCUUCUUCUUUCCCAGUUAGACCGUCCGUCCCCUCCUCUUCAAGAAAUUGCAUAUGUUCUUUCUCUCUUCACCGCAAUCUGAACCGAGCGCCAUCAUCUGUCAAUCAUAAACCCAAAGGCUGUGGGUUUCCUAAAUCAGCAAGACUGCAUCUUUUUGUGCUGGAAGCUGUAGUCAGUGAUACAGCUAUAUUGCACAAUGAUUCAGAAGAAGAAGAUGAUCCAAAUAUGACUCGAGUAUGUGACAAACUGAUUGAUGUUUUCAUGGUUGAUAAGCCAACUUCAACAGACUGGAGAAGAUUACUAGCUUUUAGCAGGGAAUGGAGUAACAUCAGACCUCAUUUCUACAAGCGUUGUCAGGACAAAGCAGACAGUCAGUUUGAACCUGAGAUGAAACACAAGCUAUUACGAUUUGCAAGGAAGUUGAAGGAGGUUGAUGAAGAUGUUCAAAGGCAUGAUGAACUUCUUGCAGUGAUAAAGAAUGCACCAUUGGAGAUCAAUGAAACUGUUGUGAAACUUAGAAAAGAUUUUACUAAAGAGUUCUUCAUACAUCUACACAAUGUAGCAGAAUCUUAUCAUGAUAAUCCAAGUGAACAGAAUACCUUACUGCAGCUUGGCGACAUGUGCUUGGCUGCAAUCCAAGAUCAUGAUACUGCAACCGAAAGCGUUGAAGCUCUGAAUGUUGCAGAAUUGAAGUUUCAAGAUAUAGUUAAUUCUCCUUCUUUAGAUGUUGCAUGCCGUAAGAUUGAUGACUUAGCUGCAAAAAAUCAACUGGACUCAGCAUUGGUGCUUAUGAUCACGAAAGCCUGGUCUGCUGCCAAGGAAUCAAACAUGACAAAGGGAGAGGUAAAAGAUAUACUUUAUCAUCUAUACAUGACAGCACAAGGCAACCUUCAAAGGUUUAUGCCAAAAGAAAUAAUGAUUCUCAAGUAUCUUAUAACCAUUGAAGAUCCUGAAGAAGAGCUGUGUGCCCUAAAAGAUGCAUUUACUCCCCCCGUGGAAGAACUUGAUGUUGAUUCUCUGUACACGACUCCAGAGAAGCUGCAUAUUUGGAUCAAGACUGUGGUGGAUGCUUAUAAUUUCAGCAAGGAUGGAACUCUUUUAAAGGAAGCUAAGGAUUUAAUGAACCCCAAGAUAAUCCAGAGAUUGGGACGAUUACAGAAGCUCGUAUUGGACAAAUUCAUGUGAAAUUUCGGUAAGGUACACAAUAAUUUCAUCCUCAAUGUAAGUACAAUAAAAUGAAAAGAAGUGUUUAGUUUUGUAGCAAUUAGAAAAUAGUCAAGUGGAAAAAAUGAGUUAUGUGCCCAUUUGAUUGAAAAAAAUGGAUUAUUUGGGUUUAAUGACUAAAAUAUUUUUUUGUAUUUAAUAAUUUAAAUUGUUAUAAAAAGCAAUGGAAGAAUAUUUUAGUAUUUA